AUGGACACCACGCAGAAUUAUGACCAAGAAGGCCCAUACUCGAUGGUCAGGUCGGGAGCGCAUUCAUGGCAACGGCAGGAGGUAGGGCUGGUUCCGAUGGGCAUAGACAUCGAAACUGGCUCCAUAUUCCAGGAGCCAUAUGAUCUUCUAUCGACCCUGGCUCCAGCGCCUUACACGAAUACGGCCACUGUGGUUUUUCGAAAAGAAGGGGAUGAAGAUAAUGUCACCUCAUUCUUGAAGUACGAAUUGUCGCCAAGCGUGAAUAUUUGCUUGGAAAUGAAAGACAUGUUUCCAGAGUAUUCAUGGCAACACGACUUUGAUGUUAGCCAGCAUGUCACGGGGCUUACGGUUUGGUAUUACAUCCCGGACAGCACCAUUUCUGUCAGUUUUAAGCUUUCAAAAAGUCUCAAGAUCAGCGAUCUUCGAUCACAAUAGCGCAAUUAAAGGGUCAGAAAUCAUUUCAGCUCCCGCACCUGUCGAGCAUUCCUGCGUUGCGGCCUAUCUGUCGUCUUUAAAAGGCCACGCCGUAACAAAUCUUGAUCGUUUUGUAACCCAGAUCCGAGCGGUUAUCACACCAGUUCCAGCAGGGAAUCAAGGGGGGUCUUUGGCCAACUUAUUUGUUUCAUUCGAGCUGAACCCCAAUGUUUCUGAAAAUGAUUUGCUCCACGAUGAUUCAGAAGGGAUCGAGUUGCUCAACGAGCAGCGCAACUGCGAUGAGUAUGACUGCGAAUCUCUCCUUAAUCAACCUUCUCAGCAUGUUGUAGAUCAAGAGGCAGACGCACCGGAGCAUUUCCGGCAAGGAACGCCUCACCAACCCGCCAACUCAAACACUUUCAUCCCAGGUACAUUCAAAACUGAAAACCAACCAGAUGAUCACAAACGCGUUAGUGAGACGACUGCCAGCACGGAGGAGAAAGAAUGUUUUCAGUGGCAGUCAAAUAUCAAAAAGGGAAACGAAUUUUGGAUGGUUGUUCAAAAAAAGACUACCAGAGAAAAGCCAACGGCCUCCUGGUGGCAAUUUGCCAAGAGAUCUCGUUGGCCGGGGAUAUGCAGACAACACGCAAGCUGCGACCCCGGUAAAAUGUAA